AUGUGGAAAUUAUUUGCAACAGUGUACCCCGCCCAAUUUCGGGAUGUUGCGAAAUACCGAUCCAUGAAAGUCAAGUGGCCCGAGAUGCCAUUGCGAGAAUACUGGAGCAUAGUCAAGAGCGAUUCUCUCAGUUGGCGCUUGGUCUUGACUCUGACUUCCUCGUUUGGGCGGGUACCAGAGCUUGUGGAGAUUGCUAAUAUCAAGAAUCUCGUUGCGCUGGAGAUCGCCACACCACUGCAGGUAAUGCCGAUGUCAGACAGCUCGGAGCUACGUAUGGCGGGUCUGAACGAUCGAAUCGCACGAACGUGGAGUGAGCUGGCGGAGACGUCAGGAGCAUUUACCCACUUCCGCGUCCUCAGAUUGUAUAGUCAGCCAGACCUGUCACCGGUGGGGAUACGGUACCUCAGUACUCUUCCAGGCUUGUGUCUAAUAAUCGCCCAUGGGUGCCCCAAUCUCAAAUCCUGCCUCCAAGGCGAAAGCCUGGACAAAGAUCGGUGGGGGGUGACAGCAAUCCCACAGUUUGUGGUCAAAGAUUCCAACCAAUUGGAAGUAUCAGAGCCUCUAACACUCUAUGAAUGCUAUCAGAAGAGCUUUCAUGCCAGCAGUGAGGGACACGCGAUAGAAGAGGGCACUCUACGAGGCACCCCUGUUUUGGACUUUCGAGUCGUACCCGAAGGCAGUCAGGGUCUGGGCAGGAGAGGCAACAAUUCUUCUACGAUAUACUUCCAGCGCCGAACCGCGUCUGGGUCUAGACCACCAGAGCCUCCACUAAAGAAAGUGAAGAUGGCAGACCAGUCGCCAGAACAGACGUCACGGCGGAGAGCUGGAUCCAGAAAACCAGUGAUGAGAAAGGGAAACCCGAGAGAUAUCGGUGAUGUCUUAGCUGAUUGGUCCGUUGCCGAUGCCGAGCCAAACACCGCUGAUUCCCCCGCACCGCCCCGUGAUUGGCACCGCCUCAAGGAAGCUGAGGUGCUUGUCCACAGCGAUCUCGCUGGUGAAGCCAUUUCACCCCCUUCCCCGCGCUCAGCCAUGGCGGACCAUCAGAAUGUUGAAGCCGUGGCAGACCAUUCCAAUGGGUCAGCGGUUGCAUCGCCGCGAUCUAGUACCGAUUCGCGUUCUCCAUCAACGCGUAGCCAGUCCCUUUUACUCAAUCACUCGAAUCAUCAGCAUCGCCAGAGCUUCAGCGAGAGUCUCCGCGCUGCACCUGGUUCUCCGCGCACACGCCGACAGCCGUCCUUCACCCAGGCAGCGAUUCAGAGUCUGAUCGAUAACCCGCCUGCUCCUAAGGAUGUGAACCCCGCGUUUGCAGGCCGAGAUUGGAGAGAAAUCUCGAUUGGGGAGCUUGUCAGGCCGGAUGAUUUGAGGUUUGUCGAGCUGGAUACUGGAAUUGAGGAAGCAACGAAUACACUGAUCGAUUCCAACGCCCCGGUGCUGUUGAUUCGGGAGGCCCCAGAACACCAAACGGCCGUGGGCACUUUUGAUUAUUCGGAUCUGAAUGCAUACCUUCUACUUGCGGCGGGACUGACGCAGCCCAAUGAAGAACUUCGCGAAUCGUAUGAAGAACUGGCAAGAAAGGCCAGGGACGAGCACAAGAUACCGUUGAAAGACGUGAAGGAGCUGAGCCGCAGUGAGCCACUGACCACACUCCCCGCAUCGGCCAACUUGAGGACGGCUGUCGAGACGUUUGGCGGCGGGGUUCACCGCGUGGUCGUGGUGGAUGAACGCAAGGACGGCGAAGUGGUGGGAAUCGUCAGUCAAUUCCGGCUGGUCAAGUUUCUGUGGGAGAAUGGUCGCAGCUUUCCCGUCAUCGAUCAGUUGUACCCUCAGUACCUGCGUGAUUUGGGCAUCGGGUCUCGCGAGGUGAUCUGCAUCAAUGGUGACAAGCAGCUUUGCGAAGCCCUGCAAAUCAUGAACAGCGAAGGCAUCUCGUCCAUUGCUGUGGUAGAUAACCAUUUCAACGUGGUGGGCAACAUCUCUACGACGGAUGUCAAGCUCCUCACGAGAUCGUCGUCGCUGCCUCUGCUCCACAACACCUGCAUCCAUUUCAUCUCCGUGAUCCUAUCCGCAAGGGGCCUCUUGGAGGGCAAAGACUCGUUUCCUGUGUUCUAUGUGAACCCUGGCUCGACUCUGGCGCACACGGUAGCCAAAAUGGUGGCCACCAAAUCUCAUCGAUUAUGGGUCACUGAUCCCCUGUCACCCUCGUCGUCGGGGCCACCGACACCGUCUCACUCGAGCGUUCAGCUUCCGUUGGCGGCCAGCACCAACCCGACGCAGUCACCGCCGGUAUCACCUCCCACAACCACGGCCAAUGUACCGGCUCCCAACUACAGCACUCCUCAUCUUCCUAGUCCGCCUCAGCCAUUCAUGAGUGCGGCAUCACUCACCCAUCCUGUUGCGUCGGUGGGAAUGCCCCACGCAGUGGCGCCGUCGAUACCCGCGUCUGCAUUACCGGGCGCCCGACUGUCCGGUCGCCUCGUGGGGGUGGUGAGCUUGACCGAUAUUCUGAACCUGCACGCGCGGGCCAGCGGAUUGAGCCCUGCUGAUCCUGCCGAGAGCCGCAGUCGCCGGCGACGGAGCAGCAGCUCGAGCGUUAGUGCGCGCAAAAGCGGGGAUAUCGGACGCGAGCUGUUCAGCCGGCGGGAAUAG